AUGUCCGCCGCUGGGACCACGCCGCCAAACGCGAACGGUCCGCUUGUACCUUGUCCCUAUCUUGCUUUGCCAACUCUAUCUUUCUCCGUCAGUCAAGUGGCAACGGUUUGCGAGACCUUAGAAGAAAGCGGCGACAUCGAGAGGCUGGCCAGGUUCCUAUGGAGCCUUCCGGUCGCUCAUCCCAAUAUUCAGGAACUGAAUCAGAGCGAGGCUGUUCUCAGGGCGCGAGCCAUUGUGGCGUUUCACUCGGGACAUUAUCGGGAGCUUUACGCUAUACUUGAAAGGCAUAAGUUCACCAAGGACUCUCACGGUAAAUUGCAAGCCAUGUGGCUAGAGGCACAUUACCAGGAGGCUGAAAAACUUCGCGGCCGGCCGCUGGGACCCGUGGACAAGUAUCGCGUAAGAAAGAAAUUCCCAUUGCCGAGAACAAUCUGGGAUGGCGAACAGAAGACGCAUUGCUUCAAAGAAAGAACCAGAUCACUGCUCCGAGAAUGGUAUCUCCAGGAUCCUUAUCCGAAUCCAGGAAAGAAGAGGGAGCUGGCCGCCGCGACGGGACUCACGCCGACGCAAGUUGGAAAUUGGUUCAAGAAUAGGAGGCAGAGGGAUCGCGCUGCUGCAGCGAAAAACAGCAGAAUGCAGCAACAGUCGGGUCAAGGAAACGGAAACGCGCGGCGUACUCUGAGUCCGGGACCCGGCGGCAGCAGCAGCGAAGAGUCCGACAUUUCCCUCGGAGGAACAUCACCGCCAUCGCCAAGUUCCUCGCCACCACCGAACCACCAACCGUCUCCAGUACCGCUUGGAUCUCUCGGACCUUUGCCACCACCCUCUUUGAAUUUCCGUUUCGAUCCUACGCAGACGCAUUUUCGAUUCGGUCAUACGACGGCUUUCAAGUUCCCACCGACGAGCUUCCGAUUUGGACCGCAUAGCCCGCAACCUAAUCAUCCGAAUAUGCCGGGUGGUGGGAUUUUCAGGUUCACGGAGUCGAGUCCUUUCCAGGCUGUAGGACCCAGAGGUGAUCCGACGACGAGAGAAAAUGCAGUUCUUUCUUUACUCUAUUACAGACUGCCGGAUUCGCUGGGUUUGCCACCGCCAAGAUUGCAUCCACACGAAGGCCUGCUACAUCACCCGCACCCCCAGCAUCAGCUGUCCGAGGGAAUAUCUAGGAUAUCCGAAACGUCGCGAUUAUCGGACGGUGGGUUAUCUCGUCUUUCGGAUAGCUUAUCGGAGGCCCACAGCCCACCAUUGAUGGCGGCAAACCUAUCAGUCACCGGUCCGCUGAGGGUGGCUGUACCUAGCCCGCAUACUCCCUCGUCUCGAGGAAGCCCACCUCCCCGUCAACCAACACCUCAGGGUCAGUCCCAAGGUCAAGGAUUGAUAAGGGUCGCAACGCCACCACCCGCGAAUCCGAGACCGCAGAUCCAUAGGCCCUUUUCGCCUGCGUGA